AUGAGGGUCCUCUAUCUACUGCUGCUGACUCUCAGCCUCCUCUUUUCGCAGAUGGCCACAGGUGUUAACCUGCUUACGGCUCUCGGCCAGAGGUCCGACCACUACAUAUGUGUCAAGAAAGGGGGGACCUGCAACUUCUCCCCCUGCCCGCUCUUCAACAGGAUCGAAGGCACCUGUUACAGUGGCAAAGCCAAGUGCUGCAUCCGCUGACUCUGGGCUGGAGCGUGGGCACAGGGGACCCGGAAGCCAAGUGAAGUACUUGUAACUGUUGUUUGAAU